AUGCUGGAUCCAAAUGAAAACAUCUGGAAAAUACAGAGCAGAUGGACUAGCGGUUCAGGGCGCUUUUUAUUGGAAAAACGAGAUCAGGUGCCUGGGAAGUAUUUUGACAAGGUACCCAAAUUAUCCAUCUAUCCCAACCUAAAAAUUUUUUUGAAGAGUCGGAAGCCUUCUGAACGUCCAAGAAGUCCACUCUUCUACUAUUCAAUGCCUUCCUGCGCCAUCCCUUCAGUUUCCGGCUCGAAUUCGCCUGUGACUGGAAUAACCGGAAUAACUAUUGCACAGCCCUUCUCCAAGCCUCCAUCACACCAUGCUUCCUCUUCUGCAAGCACACCUCUAAGAAAGAUAUCGUUGUCGAAUAUGAGGCCGAUACAAAUUCAGAAGAGGAUUAGUCGAUUUGGGAAAUCCUUUACAUUGGUAAUUUUGAGUUACCGUAUUUUCUGUAAUAGAGCAUCUGGGGCUGUGUCUUUCAAACAUCUUCCGGAUGGGAGGUGGGAACUGGAGAGGUUCUCUAAUAAGGAGUGGAGGGGGUCUCUAUUGAGGAGUGGAGAGGAUCUCUAG